GUCAUUACGUAGCUGUCCCGGAAACUGUGCGUAGCUUGGCCACGCCCCCUCUGUGAUUUCUGUCAUGGCUGCGCACUGAGUGAGUGAAACUACCGAUGUGCUGUAACAGCAUAUUUUUUCCUUAGUUCACCGAUGUGGGCUAAAUUAUUUCUGCGCCCUUCGUUCAUCAACCGAGUUCAUCUCACGUGGAGUCUCAGAUCAUUAGUCACAAUGCAACUGAAAACUAAAGAGUUUGAGUCCUUAUUUACCGACGGGCUGGUUGGUCUUGCUGAAAUAUUUGAAAAGAACCAGUUUGAGCUGAGGAUUGCGGGAGGUGCAGUGCGGGAUCUUCUGUCAGGAAAACGGCCUGAAGAUGUGGAUUUUGCCACCACUGCCACUCCAGAGGAAAUGAAGAGCAUGUUCCAGACAGCAGGAGUCAGAAUGAUAAACAACAAGGGAGAGAAACACGGGACCAUUACUGCCAGGCUUCAUGAUGAAAACUUUGAAGUGACCACUUUGCGAGUGGAUGUGCAGACUGAUGGGCGGCAUGCAGAGGUGGAGUUUACCACUGACUGGGAGAAGGAUGCAGAGCGCAGAGAUCUCACCAUCAACUCCAUGUUUCUAGGACUAGAUGGGACUCUCUAUGAUUAUUUCCAAGGAUAUGAGGACCUCAAAAACAGGAAAGUAAGAUUUGUCGGCAGUGCCUCACUACGAAUCCAAGAGGACUACCUUCGAAUUCUGAGAUAUUUCAGAUUUUAUGGGCGGGUGGCAACUGAGCCUGGGCAACAUGAACCUGAGACUCUGGAGGCAAUAAGAGAGAAUGGCAGAGGAUUGGCAGGAAUCUCAGGUGAGAGGAUCUGGGUGGAACUGAAGAAGAUGCUGGUUGGUAACCAUGCUGACCACCUGCUGGAGCUUGUCUAUGAGUUGGGCCUUGCCCAGUAUACAGGUCUUCCAGCAGAUGGCAAUGUUGAGGAGAUGAAGCAGAUCUGGCAGAAGGCUCAUGGCAGCUCUCCUAAACCCAUGACUAUCCUGGCUGCUUUGUUCCGAAGCCAGGAGGACGUGGAGAAACUGGAUCUCCGACUGAAACUGUCCAGAGAGGAGAAAAACCUGGGCCUCUUCCUGGUCAAAUACAGACGAGAUCUCGUUAAGGGACUGGACGAACAUGACGGCAUGAAACCGUACACAGAUUUCAUCAUUGAUUCUAGAGAGCCGGACUCCCAGAGUAAAGUACUGGAGUUGCUGAAAUAUCAGGGAGAAAAUAAACUUUUAGAUCAGUUGAGCAGGUGGUCCAUCCCACGCUUCCCAGUGAGUGGCCAUGACCUACGCAAACUGGGUUUUACUUCGGGUAAAGAGAUUGGCACCAUUCUUCAGGAGCUUAGGGACACAUGGAAGAAGAGCCACUAUCAGAUGAGCAAAGAGGAACUCCUGGCCACCCUUAGCACAUCCUGAUGCCAGAUAAGGAAACACACUAGCAUCAGAAGUGCUUCUGUCUCUGCAUGCAUGUGCCAUAAUGCAUUAUGAGUUAGUGUACAGAAGGUGCGCCUCCUUAGUGUCAAUGGAGACUGGACAGUCAGGACAAACAUAUAACACUUGUUAUUUAAUUUUGUUCUAUGCUUUUGCAGGUACAAUGCAAACAAAGGUGUAGGAAUAUCUAUGGUUAUGGUCUUGGGAAUUCGUAAUGAAUUUUUGGAUGUUUUUCAGGUUGCUGAAAAUGUUUUGGAGCAUCAAAGUGCACAUUUUCAGAUUUAGAGCAUUUAACAUAAUAAGCAUUUACCCCGUCUUUGAACCGUGGGCAUUGUAAACACUCUCUAAAACGUGCUCUUUCUGAAUAUAUUAUUUUAUUAUUCAUGAAGUUCUCUAGCAUUUUCCUUGUGCAAAUGGUGGUUUAGUUUGACACAAGAUAUUCAUUCAUUAAUGUAAUUGAUUUGAACAAGGAUGCGUCUAAAUUAAGCAAAGUUCAUUUUGUUUUUUUGUUUUUUUGUUUCUUUGAUGUGGGAUUUUGCCCUUUCAGAAGAGUGGUGUAAUUAUUAUAUAUAAGGGAGUAAUUUAGCUCUCCUGCAGAGAGGACAUCUCAUAUGAAGCAGUAGUCAUGGUUUCAUUAUGAGGGAAAAAAUAUGUUCCUUUUGUCAACAGUUCAUAGUUAUUAGAAGGUUAUGUAACCAACUCUCCAGGUGUUUACUUUGAAAUAAAGUAGCCCAUAGUGUU